AUGUUUAAAAUUGAAUCUUUAAGCGAAAUAAGUUAGGAAUGCAGAAUUAAUUCUGAUAAAAUAGUUUCUGUAAAAAAAAUAGAUACAGAAAACGAUAUUAAAGUAUUUUAAAUCCAUAAUAUAAAUAAUGCUUUAAAGCAAAAAGGAAAUGAAGCUAUUAGAGUUACCUCAUUUAAAGAUAAUGAUAAAUCAGAUAAGGGUACUUAAUCGUUUUCAAAUUUAAUACAGUCUUAAAUAAAAAACUAAAAGUCGCUAUCUCCUAAUGCUUUUAGGAGGAAUACAAAAUUUGGAGAUGGAUCUCCUUUUAACAAAAGACCUUCUAUAAAGGAUAAGUUAUAGGGUAUAGAUUCGCUAGCUUCUUUAGUAAAGAUUAAUUAUAAAUUGAAGUAGGAUUUAGAGAGUAGCAAUCAAGUUUCUCAUUUAAAAAAUUCUGAUAAAUUAUAAAAUGAUAGUGAUUCUUAAAACCAAUCUAGUUCUUCUAUUGAAAGUAAAACUAUACCUCAUUCUAUUAACAUUAUAAAAUCUAAGUCCUCCAUGGUUCUCAUAAAACAGAUAUAAAAAGGAAAAACUAUUAAUUUUAAACAGCUGUAAAAAUUAGAAGAUUCUGAUCAUAAAAUUGAGCCCCUAUCACCUGAAAAGUAGAAAAUAUCAGAUGAUUUAAUGCAAGGGGAAACAGAUAUUGUAAAAGUAUCUCAUUAGCCGCUAUUCGAAUAUGUUAAGAAAUUCAAUCAAAGAAAAUUAUAAAUUAAGUAAAAUCAAGAACUUACAGAUGAAACUGAAUAAAUUAAAUUACUUCUACUUAUAUUAAAAUAUAUAGGUACGCAAGACACUAUCUUUAGUAAAAUAAUACAAAUUAUACAUAAAGAACUUUCUGCUUACUUAAUUCCUGCUAAAAAAUUUAAUAUAAAGUAAAUAUAAAAUUAUGCAUAAGAGCUUUAUUCGCUUAUUGAAGAAGAUAGACCUAAGAUUUAAUACACUAAUUAUAAGUAAAUAUCUUAAAUUCUAUUAAAGUGUAUGGAGUAUUAUUAAAAUUAGAAUUUCAUGAGUUACAGUAAUUUAAUCUAACAAAAAUAAAUUGUAAAAAAUUUGAAUGAGCUCCAUUUUAAACAAUUGGAAGCAGAGAGAGCUGAGAAAAAUAAAAUCUUGAAAAAGGACUCAGAAAUUGAGAAGUUAAUAAAAGAAAAGCUACUAGAGUAAGAAAAGAACUUCUAAAAAUAAAUAAAAUAAUUAAACAUAGAAAAUGAUUAGAAGAUUUAAGCAUAAAGGAUAGAUUUCCUUAAGAAAUAGCAAGAAAUCUCUAAUUAAAAUCAAUAAUUAUAAGAAUAUUAAAACUUACUUAAAUAAAAAAAUGCUUCUUUAGAAUAAUAAUUAACAGAAAUAAUAGAAAAAAUUAAAUAAAGAAGAUACAAUGUAUUAUUCCAGUAAAUUGUGUAGUCUUCAUUAAAAAGUUAUUCCGCUGAUGUUGGUGUAUAAUGCGACAUGCUAUUUGAUAUGAGAAUAAAAUUUCCAUACAAAUAAAAAAUAAAAAACAAUUUUAAUUAAUUAAUGAAUUAAUGA